CGCGUGAGGAGUGCCGACCGACUCGGACGCUGAAUGACAUCGCAAGCAUCGCGCUAAAUCGGCGUCAGUUCGCACUGCGCUCUCGAUCCGAUCUUGAGUCUCGGUCUCGUCAUCUCCACACACGGCAAAAGGCAAGAGACGCUGAAAGCAUACCGACUUGUAUACGUCGUUGCAGCGGGGAAGCGCCCUCAAGGCGACCAAAUCCUGACCAGCAAGUGCCGCCUGGGAUAAAAGAUGGCCGCAAAUUCUGUUCCUACUGUGACACUGUCGACGGGGUUCAAAGUGCCAAUUGUUGGCCUUGGAACAUGGAAGUCAGAUCCAGGCAAAGUGGAGGAAGCAGUAAAGAUUGCCAUUGAUGCUGGCUACCGACACUUUGAUUGUGCCCUUGUCUAUCAGAAUGAAAAUGAAGUUGGCAGCGCCAUCAGUGCAAAGAUUGCUGAUGGAACUGUGUGUAGAGAUGACCUGUGGAUCACCAGCAAGUUGUGGUGCACCUUCUACACUCGUGCCAGAGCAGUUGAAGGAUGUGAGCUGUCUUUGAAACUGUUGGGUCUGAACUACCUUGACCUCUACCUUAUGCACUGGCCAUUUGGUUACAAGGAUGGCACUGACUACUUUCCACGUGAUGCUGCUGGGGAAAUAAUUGACAGUGAUGUGGAUUACAUUGAAGUUUGGAAGGGAAUGGAAGACUGUGUUGCCAAAGGCUUGGUACGAAGCAUAGGUGUCUGCAAUUUCAACAAGCAGCAAAUGGCCAGACUUUACGAGUCUGCUACAAUAAAGCCAGCAGUUUUACAGGUGGAGUGCCAUCCAUAUCUGAACCAGAGUGAGCUGCUCAGCUUCUGCCAAGAGCACAACAUGGCGUUAACUGCUUACAGCCCACUUGGCUCUCCUGAUCGGCCUUGGGCAAAUCCUGAUGAACCAGUCCUCUUGGAAGACCCUGCAAUCAAGUCCAUUGCUGAGGCACACGGCAAGACAACAGCUCAGGUUUUGAUUCGUUAUCAAGUUGAAAGAGGAGUUAUCGUCAUACCAAAAAGUGUCACAAAGGAGAGGAUCAUUGCAAACUUUGAUAUUUUUGACUUCAAGCUUACUCCUGAUGAGAUGAAAACAAUCGAUGGCUGCAACAGAAACUUCCGAUAUGUUCUUGUGACCUGGUCACUUAAGCACAAGUACUACCCUUUUCAUGACACAGCAUAAAAUUGCAGCACUGCCCUCUGCUGUUUUUCAUGACACCAACUCACAUGUAGGGAAGCAGUGCUUGGCUAUGUAGAACUAGUUUUAUUUGAAAGCACAUAUAUGCAGGGACUCUAUUAGAGUUCUUGCUGUGACUCCAAGCAAAGCUUCAAAAAUUUUUGUGACCACUACAAGAAAACAUCUAAAUUACUGAAUUACUGGGUUCCUCAUAUCAUUACACAAUAAGAGCUUCAUUUACUCUGUGGAUGUUAUUGCAGUGACUACAAUUACAUGAUAAUGAGCUUUUUAGAGUGGAGCUCUUAAUAGUCCGUUCCUACGGUGAACGUCGGCAUAACCGAGCGAAAGAGCGCUGCGAAGAAUGAAAGUGAACACGGAGCACAGUGGUAGAUGAAAGAAAGGCCAUAGCAAAGAAAGGAAGAGGAAAGUGCAGGAGGAGAGUGCAGUGGAAUCAUAAGGUGGAAAGCAGAGAAGCAGAGGGGAGACAGCCUACGCAUGCACUGAGUUGCCAGCAGCUAAGGCAUCCGCAGCUGUGUGGCCGAUCUCAUCUGCGCUUCUGAGUUGGGGGGGAGGGGGCGCAGGGGUCUGUGAGGUGAGGAGGGUUACGCUCGCCCGCAGCGUCUGCUCCUGAGAUCUGUCCACGGUACCAGCAUGUGUGAUGGGGAUCACUGCUCCUGCAAGGGGCGCUGGCAAGCGGCUACGAGUAAGGCUCGAUGUGACGCUUCCUUGGGUGUUAUCGCCGCUGACACUGGUGGCACGACUUCCCUGCGACGAAGGGCCACUCUCGUCAAUGGUGGAACGAAAGCGUGAGAAAAACAUCGCAGUGCCGCACAAGAUGGGCUGUGCGGAAACGAUGGCUACGAGAUGGUACUAGAGUAGCGUGCGUCGUCUGCUGUGAAUCCAUGGAGGAAGUAAAAACAUAGGAGGGAGCAUUACGUCAUGCAGCCAGCCUUGGAAAGUGAACGCUCCUUGAAGCCACAGUGGUGGACCAACACGUGACCUCUUGCAUUCAGAUAACGGAGCAAGAAUCGAGAUUUGCUGAGACGUUUGGUUCCCAGUAGAUAUGUCAGGAGUUUUUAUUCGGUGCGCGCUUGUUCAGUUGCCCUGCCGUGGCUCUGCCUGCAGAGCGGGAACACUAAAACAAACUGCGCACAUUGACGUGCGAUUACAUGUUAGGCCACCAGGUUUGGCUUCAGUCGUGUUGCGGUAUACUACCUCCUAUCUUUUUCCUUUCUCCACGUGUGAAUCGCACCCAUGUGUCACCCAUGCGCUGCAUCUCGCCAUCUCCCGAUUAGUGAGGCAGACAAGCCACACUUUGCUCCAUUUGGAACAUGCCGAACGAGACAGAUUGUCCGCGCCAGCCAAUAUAUCACGAAAUGAAAACACGUAUAGAGCUGUGCUGAAAUAUCGAAUUAUGCAGUAUCGUAAUCGAUGAUGAAUUUUUUCAGAACAUCAAGUAAAAUAAUUAUGGCUUGUUAUUUUGAGGCCUUCAUCUUGCGCUUACGUACCAAAAUUACCAAUGACUGACAUAAUGUGUGAAUCAAAAUCUUGAACACAUUGCAUUCUUAACAGAAUGCAGUUACCAUGAGUAGUAACAGAAUUUCUAAUUAUCUAAUCCCCAGUGCACUGCAUUUACCUUUACUUUUCAAAAGUUGCCUUGUCCGAGGUGUGAAAAUGCUGUAAUCCCAUGAAAAUAAACUAAUACAUGCACUGUUCA